GAUGGGGGCGGGCCAAUGGGCGGAGGGACGGACGGGGCGAGGGAGCCUCCGCCCACCCCGCGCCGCGGCCGCCGGCAGCGGGAGCUGAGCGGGCGGGAGGCGGCGGAGCUUUCUGCGGUCCGCGCCCAGCCGAGCUCGCGGCAGGCAGAGGGGCGCGGGGAGCGCUGCGUGGCUGCUGCCAUGGGGCAGCUCUGCUGCUUCCCCUUCUCGAGAGGCGAGGAGAAGAUCAGAAAGAGCCAUGAAGCAGACUUAGUAAAGGAGGCUUUGCACAGAGAAACACAGGCCCUGUUAUCCAGGCUGAGUCAAAUAAAGGAGCUGUUAUCCACUCCUGAGGUCCGCAUGAAAAUUAGAAAAGAACUGUUUGAAGAUGGGCACGACCGUAACAAUAAGUGAGAAAGUUAUAUCAACUCUGGACCUCCGAAUGAAUGAUGGUGAAUUGCUGUGAUAUAAGACCUCAUCACAGGUUGUUUGAAGAUGAAAAAUAUUUCAACAAAUUCUCCUUUCUCUUUUCAUCUUUUUUUUUUUUACUGAAAAUACAAAUGGGCGUAAAUGGCUCGUGAGGAAUAAUGCUGAAGUACGUGCACAGAAGGAUUGUAGUUCAUCAUUAAAUACAACCACUCCUCAGCGCUGCUUUGAAACACACUUGAAUGUGCAGGUACACAUCGUGGUUCCAAAGUGGAAAACUACUGGUUUUAAAUAAAUCUGAACAAACACUGUGCCCUUCCUUUAUCAUUGCAGAUACUUCAGACUUUUCUCGUAGAUUCUUUUCUCUAGCAAUGAUAGAUGGAUGUUUAAAGAAAUGGAUGCUUUUAAAUACUUUAAAAUGUGUAUUUGAAAAAAAGGUCUUUUAAUUCUCUGCCUUUUAUAUCUGUACCGGCAUUUUGGGUUAGCACUGUCUAUUUUUAAUUUUUUUUUAACAGCACUUGAAUACAUGUCUAGAUGCUGAUAUGCUGUUUCUGCAGAUGUUUACACUACCACAAGAAUGUUUCAAGUUUCAGAAUAAAAUUCAGGCUCCACUAAUGCCAGUGGCAAACUGUUGCUGGCUUUAAUGGAGUCAGGAUGCUGCAAUUAAGAUCUUCUGAAAAUAAUAAUAUUCCUUGGGAUGAUAUUUGCCUUUUCUUUUUUUUAGAACAGUGUUUUAUGUAUUCGGGUUGUGAUGUUUUCUCCAUCUCUGCCUUCUGCUGCCUGGGGUUGUGUGUCAGUUUGCUCUCAUUGUUCCUCCCAUACACCUGCAAGAUUCAGAAAAGCUUUGGAUGUACAAUACAGGAGUAGGCCCAGUAUUUGCAUUUUUUAUAAACAUUGUUUAAAAUUGCCUCUGAUGAUAAAAGCUAUUUAAUACAUGUUGUGGUUGGUAUCGGUUUUGUGCUGUUAAAACAGCUGUGUGCAUAUUCUUCAUUGAUCGCAAGCGCUGAUCAUUUAUCUCAUGUUUCAUGGCUUACAUUUUUUCCCUCAUUGAGUAUAUAACAGUGUAUUCUGAAAUGUCAUACAUUUCUCAAACCAUGCUCGCAAUAAAGUAUUUCUUCCUUUGCA